AUGGUCACGAAAGUCAAUAACUCUGAAAUAGGCAAGGCGUUCUCCGACCAUGCUGAUUUCUACAAAAAGGGAAAUCAGAUGACUAGCAUGGUCGCCAAGUUUGGUCUUGAAAAACUACCACCGAUAGAUGCAAACUCCGUUGUGCAUGACAAUGCCUCGGGCCCAGGUGUUUGCACUUUCGUGAUCACAAACAGCUUUGACAACAACAUAAAUGCUAUUCCAAGAAUCUACGGCACAGACUUUGCGCAGGGGAUGAUCGAUCAGUUUCAGGCCGAGCUUGAGAGGCGUCAGCUUGGGGACAAAGUUUCGGCACAGGUGAUGAACUCGACAAGCCUAUCAUUUGAAGACAACAAGUUCACUCACGUCUUCAUGAAUGCGGCCAUAAGUAUGGCGGACGAAAUCGCCGUCAAAAUGGCGGGCGAGAUAUACCGCACAUUACAGCCGGGAGGGGCGGCAUGUGUUACUAGCUGGAGCAAGAGCGGAGUCGGCCUCGUGGAAAACGUGUCCAAACGUAUCAGGCCUGACCUGCCACCUGUCAUAGUCAUUGCGCCCGAAUGGAGCACGAAGGAGAAACUAGUGGAGACGCUUGUAGCGGGUGGGUUUGCUGCGUCCAAUAUCGAGGUGCAUCACAUAGAUGUCGAAUGCGAUUUUGGCACAGAAGAUGCGCGGCUGGCGUACUUCUGCCACCCUUUUUGGGACCUGUGGAAGAAAGGGUGGAGUGACGAGGAAAAGACGAAGUGGAACAAAGUUAUGGAGGAAGAGUUGAUCGAGUAUUUUGGAAGAGGAUCUAUGGUCCGAGGAAGCAGCUGGGUUGGGAUCGCGAAGAAGUAG